AUGGGCGCGUCAAGACCACCAAGCACCCCUGCAUCAAAGGGUGAGCACACACCGAUGUCGACUCCUGGUGGCAGCUCAAGGGCCAAGGAGGAGAAGAUUUUUGUUACAGUGAGGGUGAGGCCACUAAGCAAGAAGGAGCUGGCUGUGAAGGAUGAUGUGGCAUGGGAGUGCGCUGAUAGCCAGACAAUCUUGUACAAGGGCCCCAUGCAGGACCGAGCUGCACCGAUGUCUUACACUUUUGAUAAAGUGUUUGGGCCAGCUUGCCAAACAGACGUGGUCUAUGAAGAGGGAGCUAAGGAUGUUGCAAUGUCUGCACUGACAGGCAUUAAUGCCACCAUUUUUGCAUAUGGGCAAACCAGCAGUGGUAAAACAUUCACGAUGAGAGGCGUUACAGAGAGUGCUGUUAGUGAUAUUUAUAGACACAUAGAUAAUACUCCUGAGAGGGAAUUUGUGAUCAAAAUAUCUGCUAUGGAAAUUUACAAUGAGAUUGUGAAGGAUCUUCUACGACCUGACUCUGCUCCCCUUCGGUUGUUAGAUGAUCCUGAGAAAGGAACCAUUGUGGAGAAGUUGCAAGAAGAAAUUGCUAAGGACAGCCAACAUCUAAGGCAUCUAAUCAGCAUUUGUGAAGAACAAAGACAGGUUGGGGAGACUGCACUAAAUGACACUAGUUCACGUUCCCACCAAAUCAUUAGGCUGACUCUCGAGAGCAGGCUCCGUGAAGUUUCAGGAUGUGUGAAAUCUUUCGUUGCUAACCUGAACUUUGUUGACCUUGCUGGAAGUGAACGAGCUGCACAAACACAUGCCAUAGGUGCAAGGUUGAAAGAGGGUUGUCAUAUAAAUCGCAGCUUGUUGACUUUGACUACUGUCAUCAGAAAGCUAAGUUCAGGGAAAAGAAGUGGACACAUACCCUACAGGGACUCGAAGCUGACACGCAUUUUACAGCUUUCUUUGGGUGGAAAUGCAAGAACAGCAAUCAUCUGUACCAUGAGCCCAGCCCUGACACAUGUAGAACAAUCUAGAAAUACUCUAUUCUUUGCAACCUGCGCAAAGGAGGUCACAAAUACUGCAAAAGUUAAUAUGGUUAUAUCAGAUAAGCAAUUGGUGAAGCACCUUCAGACAGAACUUGCUAGACUAGAAUCAGAGCUGAGGACCCCUGACCGUGGCUCCUCUUCUGAUAUCCUCAUAAUGGAAAAGGACAGGAAGAUUAGACAGAUGGAAAUUGAAAUUAAGGAGCUCAGGAAACAGCGAGAUACUGCACAGUCAGAGCUCGAAGAACUGCGGAAGAAGAAGAGUGAUCACCAGCCAGGGUGGAAUCCCUUUGACUCGCCACAAAAAGCACGAAAGUGCCUUACAUUUUCAGGAUCACUAGAGCCAAGUAACAAAAUUAAGAUGAUGAGAAGCUCAGUUAGGCAAUCAUCUACUGCUCCAUUUAUGUUAAAGCAUGAAAUCCGCAAGCUGGAGCAGCUGCAACAACAGCUUGAGGUUGAAGCAAACCGCGCCAUUGAAGUACUUCACAAAGAAGUUGAAUGCCACAAGCAUGGCAACCAGGAUGCUGCAGAAACCAUCGCUAAACUUCAGGCAGAAAUCAGGGAGAUGCAAUCUGUUAGGUCUGAGAGCAGAGACGUGGAGAUGAUUACAGAUGAAGGAAAUGGAUCUGAUUUGAAAGAUGAGAUUUCUAGACUUCAUAUGCAAGACAAUGAUAUUGCCAAACUUGAGGCGAAGUUAGAAAAUGUGCAACGGUCUAUUGACAGAUUGGUGAUGUCACUUCCAAAUGUUGCCAUGCCGUGUAAUGAGACUACCCCAAAGUCGAACAGAUCAAAGAAGAAGAAGAGGCUUCUUCUUCCUCUGGGUGUGAGCAACAACAUAAACAGAGCAAAUCUUCUCAGAGCACCUUGUUCUCCCCAUUCUUCCAGUAGGCCUUCAGAAUCAGAAGUUGAGAAUAGGGCCCCAGAGGGUGACACUAUGUCUGUUGAGGGUUCAGAAAAGGCUACUCCCACCAAGAGUGAAGAUGGAGAUAUGUCAUCUCGUGAUGAGACACCACGCUACAGGCGCUCCAGUUCAGUCAAUAUGAAAAAGAUGCAGAGGAUGUUCCAAAAUGCUGCAGAGGAAAAUGUUAGGAGCAUCAGGGCUUACGUGACUGAACUGAAGGAGCGAGUUGCAAAACUUCAGUACCAAAAGCAGCUGCUAGUCUGCCAGGUCCUAGAGUUGGAAUCUAAUGAAGGCAAGUCGAAUGGAGAGGAUAAUUCUGGGCCUCUACAGGAUGGUCCUGAUUCAUGGGACAGAAUAUUUAAGGAGCAGAUGCAGUGCAUUAUUCAUCUGUGGGAUCAGUGCCAUGUGUCGAUCAUACACAGGACCCAGUUUUACCUGUUAUUCAGGGGUGACAAGGCUGAUCAGAUAUACAUCGAAGUCGAAGUAAGAAGGCUGGUAUGGUUGCAACAACACUUUGCUGAGGUCGGCGAUGCAAGCCCUGGUGCUGUUGACGACCCUGCAGUUUCACUUAUCUCCAGUAUGAAGGCAUUGAGGAACGAGCGAGAAUUUCUCGCGAGAAGGAUGGGAUCAAGGCUGACGGACGAAGAGCGAGAGCGCCUCUUCAUCAAGUGGCAGGUGCCCCUGGACGCGAAGCAGCGGAAGCUGCAGCUGGUGAACAAGCUCUGGACCGACCCCAACGACCCGACGCACAUCGAGGAGAGCGCGGACCUGGUGGCCCGGCUGGUGGGCUUCUGCGAGGGCGGCAACAUCAGCAAGGAGAUGUUCGAGCUCAACUUUGCAGUCCCCACGAGCAAGAAGCCAUGGAUGGUGGGCUGGCAACCCAUCUCAAACAUGAUCAGGGAGAAGACCCAGCAGCUCUGGUGA